UUUUAAUACAAAAUUCGCAAACAGUAAGAACGGUUGGGCAGUAAAAAUGCAAAUUGUCUGCACGUUGGGCAACACAAUUUUUCUCAUUUAUGUGCUUCUAGGUAUCUUUACCGUAGUUGAGAGCCAGCUUUUUACAUUGACAGGUCCCAAGAAGUGCCACGAUGUGUGUCCCAUGGGCUAUCGGGUAAUAUGUGCCCUGGACGUCAUAGAUGGUUGCCUACGCACUUUUGCUAGCAGUUGUGUGAUGCGAAUGUACAACUGCAAGUAUCAGAAGGAUUAUCGCAUUAUAGCAGAGAGGGCCUGUGAAUUUAUGACCAACGACGAGCUGCAAAUGUUAAAAAUAUAGCGAACGAUUUCGUUAGCUGUGCAGUGCCGGAGUCUACCGCCAGGAGCGCCAGCACGGCAAUGCGCACGCGUCCUAUACGCAAUGUGGAUGCGAACGAAAAUCGCCAAUUGUCCUCCGUUGUUUUCCCAGCAAAGCCAUCCUUUUUUACGACAUUGUUAAUGUUUUAAAUAACGAGAAUUAUUAAAGAAAAUAAAUUAAGCUAAAGUGUAAUAAACAUAAGCAAACAGUGUACUGUGUGACAGUGAUUAAAUCAAAGAAAAAUAAGAGAAUAAGUGACGAAAAAGAAAAGUCGCAAGCGAAAAAUUGUUUGGGCAGGCAGGAGCAGCACAAAGGAUACAAUACACAUAUACUCGAGUGUUUUUGUGGGCGCUGAAGGCUGAAAAGUUUUCUCGCUUUGCGAUUUAAAAACAGGGUAGAGCAACGAGUUCCUCCGGCUGCGGCUGCUGCUGCUGUUGCUUGGGCACACUUCUGGGCAACGCAUUGUCGCCGCCGACCGCAA